UUUUAUUACCUUUGGUACUUCAAACAGUUUUUUUACAUUAACGUUUAAAAACGAUAUCUGCAAGAUGGCGGCCUCCAGUAGCAAUGCACUGAUGUAGCCGAUUUUGGAAGCUUCGGGCUGCGUUUUGGCACAUCUGAAUCGGAAUGGCGUUCACCUCUUCGAUGAUUCUCCUUUUCAGUUCUUGUAGGGUAUGGGGACGAUGCUUGAAGACUUUUUCUUUCAGAUACCCCCACAAGAAAAAGUCACAAAUGCUCAAAUCGGGCGAUCUUGCUGGCCACCCCAAAUCACCCCUCAGAGAGACGAGUCGAGUAGGGAACAUUUGCCUCAGUUUCGCCAUAGAAAUGCGGUCUGUAUGCGCUGUUGUUCCAUCUUGUUGAAACCAAAUUUCCCCCAGAUUUGUCUGUUCACUCAACUCCUGCAAUUUAGGCUCAAAAAAGUUUUCCAGCAUGAAAACAUAACGUUGAGCUGUAACUGUAACAGUAUGGCCAUUUUCCUCAAAAAAAUAAGUUCUGGGUCUUCCAACUGCAUGAGUUCUUACUGUGGAUCCGGUUUCUUCCAAUGAAGAAACCCAACGUUUGAUUGUUUUUCCAUCAGGUACGGAAACAUGGCGCGGAAUAUGGAAUCGCAAGCGCAUUGCUCUCUGCGUCGCAAUGACUGAACGGCCAUUUUCCAAAAAAGAGCGCACAGCGAAUCCACGAUGUUCUCCAGUCCAAAUCAUGAUGUUAACUGAAAACGGUUGAGAACAACCUUCCUAAUGAGACCCUGCCCAACAACCUACUCACGCCAUCUGGUGAGCAACGGAUUUUUCAAACUCGGGCAAACCUUUCGCCGCACCCUGUAU